CCACGCACCGACAUUACACAUAGAUAGUGUGCGGCGUGAAACCAUCCCCACUCCAUCCCCCACUGUGUCAUCCUUCGAUUCGAUCAAUUUUAUUAACGAAGGCUCCAUCAAGCGUCACAUGAGCGGAUACGGCACACCUGUUGCUCAUCGCGAUUUUAGAUUUAACACAGACUUCGAUCCCCGAAGGCGAGACUUGCGCGAUUGCGCAUCUUGUAUAUAAUUUAUACGACGUUUCGCGAUCGGUGCUGAUACUAUCUAUGGUGCUAUCGUUGCUAUCAUCGCACGCAGAUAGCCCGCUUGCAUCCGCGAGCGUCCGCGACACGAUUUCAGAGAGGAUUAUGUAAGAAAGCCUCGAGAUGGCUAAUUAACGUGAAUCAGAGACGCGGAUUCGACGCGAUUGUCAUGUAUUUCAAUUGCGGUUGAUAGCGUAGAGAGUAAACUAAUAAGUAUGAUCCUUAAUUAAUAAGCGGUUGAAGUUCUUGUAUAUCCGAGGAACGGUGCUCGAUUCGUGCCCCUUACUUUGCUCAUCCUGCAACAUACAUAAAGAGACCCAUCCCAGGAUGCAAGCCUUGCACUAGUUCCGAGAUGACUUACUGCAAGAAUGGAAGCGUCAUCAGUGAUCACUGUUGCUGCGACAGCGGCUGCAACAAUGUCUUUCCCUUCGUCGAGCACACUUGUCGCGUGGGACCGGAGGAAUGCAAAGUGCAGGCUGGAAACUGCGCGGAAUAUACGAGACUGCGGGACUGCUGUUGCCACUCGUACCUGGCCUCCGUCUGUAAGUGUCUGGAAGUGCCAUGCGGGAAUAUCAAAUGGAAGCAUUUGGCGACCGGCGCGGGAUCGCGUACCAGCACAAAUAUUACGAAGUUCCUGACAAUCUUAACAAUUACAAUGUUCAAAUUACAUCAGUCGUUGACCUAAAACUACACUUAUGAUACCAAAUAUUUUGUAUAAUACCGAUUAUUUUAAUAAAUUAUUUUUCCAUCGA